CGGUCACCAAGCCACUAAACGAUUCUGCGUAUUAAACUUGGUUUCCAAGUUAAGGGACAACCAUUAAAUAUUUAUAACACUUUCCCCUUUUCUUCAGUUUAUCACCGUAGCUCCUCCACUUCUCCUCUUCCUUUCCUUUGUCUUUGCAUCAAUCCUUAAAGAGAUUUCACUUCUAUUAGCUUGUGGCUUACACACGGCUAGAUUUCCUUAAUUGUGCCUGCCCUCGUGGUUUAGCUGUUAACAGCAUUGGAAUGAAAGUUGAAGGUCUUGAGAAGGGGAGUGAAUCAGUAUCAAGUAAAAUGGCUGAACUUGAGAAGGAGAAAGAAGCUGCAUUGAGCAAGAUAACUCAGCUUGAGAAGGAGAAAGAAGCUGCAUUGAGCAAGAUAACCCAGCUUGAGAAGGAAGGAGAAGCUGCACUUAGUAAGAUAGUUGCGGUAAAGAAGAAGAAACAAGCUGCAUUGUUUAAGAUAUACGAGCUUGAGAAGGAGCAAGAACGUACAGUGAAUAAGGUAGCUUUGCUUGAGAGGGAGGGAAAAGCUGCAUUCAGUAAGAUAGCUGUGCUUGAGACGGAGAAACAAGCUGCAUCAAGUAUGAUAGAGGAGCUUGAGGAGGAGAAAGAAUUCACAGCCAGGAAGAUAGAUUUGCUUGAGAAGGAGCUAAAAACUAAGGAAGAGAAAUUUGGAAAGUAUAAGAAUGCUCAGCUUCAAAAGGAGGAGGAGCUAAGAACCAAGUUCGAGGAUUUGAAAACGCGUACAAAUGCUGAGCAUAAGAUAGAGAAGGAUGCUGCCAUGAGUAAGAUAGCUAUGCUUGAGAAGGAGCUUGAAACUAAGGAAGUUAGAGCAUAUAAGCAAGCCGCAAGAGCUUUAAGGGAGAUCCAAAUUGAAGACAAAGAACCUAGGGAAAAGAUGAAAGAGUUGACAAUAACUAUGCAAAAGCUCACUGAGGAAAGAAACUACUGGGAAACUUUAGCUAAGCAGCUUAAGGGCAAAGAAAGCGAGACUGCUCAUGAGCUAGUAGAAGCUCAAAAAGAGAUGAUUAAGGUUCUUUCUGACCAUUACUCACAUAUACCGGGCAAAACCAUGACUUAUAAGCUUUGGAAUUGCAAGGAUGAUAGGAAAGCUACGCUAACAGAAGCCAUUUGUUUAAUGGGGGAAAAACUGAAGGAGGCAAAGAUCAAAGAUACAGGAUUUGUCAAAGUGGAUCAGUUGACGCCAGGAACGGAGGACAUCAAUCUAAUUGUCAAGGUCCUAAAUACUGCUAUGGUGGUUAACAAGAAUCAAAAGACCAGGCAGCAGUCCCGACGACCAUACAUAUGUUCUCGACCACAAAUCACACAUUUAGCUGAGAGCCUUGUCGGAGAUGAAACCGGAAGUAUCUUAUUCACUGCUCGUAAUGAACAAGUUGACUUGAUGGAGCCAGGUAACGUCUUACUUCUUUAUGGUGCGAAAAUCCAAAUGGAUCGAGGUUCCAUGAGGUUAGCUGUAGAGCAUCGUGUACAAAUCAUAAUCGCAGAACCUGCGGAAUUUGCUGUAAAUGAAGAAAACAAUUUGUCUUUGGUUGAGUAUGAGUUAGUAGAUGUUGAAGAAUGAUGAUGAAGAAAGAGUUCCACCUUAGACCUGCAGGAUGACUCUGCCCUAAGAAUGCCUUGGUGUAUAGUUUUGGAUUUUCUUGGCACAAAUCACUUGGUUGCCCAAAAGGCUAUUCGCUUGUAGCGUUUUAUAAAGCUUCGAAAUUGCAUACUGUUCUCAGCAGCGUGCUUCCUUCAUGAUGUCACUCUUAUAUCACUCUUUUAAUUCGAAAAGUUUUGGUGCCU